CUGCCGCCUGUGCCUGAAGAGUGAAGGCCAAAAGGGUUCUUCUUCUCUCUUAACUAUGCUGCUCCUAAUCUCGUAUGAUCAAUGAGGCAGGCAUUGCAAUUGGGGCUUAGGUGGUUCAUGAACCUUCCAAGCUCUGCAGUAGGUCUGAGGAGGAAUUUACAGGGAAUUGGAACAUUGGUUUGUUUUAGAGUAAGAGCAAUGGGGUCUAAACGGCAGCUCUCGAAUUCCCUGGUACCCGUGUCAUCUGAGGACAAGAAAGAUAAGAGACUGAAGGGAUUAAUGGGUACAAAUCCGAAUUCUGAGAAGGGUGUUGUCGAGGAAUAUGGUGUGAGAAGCUCUUCAGUUGAGAUUGAGAGAUUUAAGGAUGACCCGGCAACAAUCGAGGCAAUGACGGUUCAAGAGCUCAGAACUGCAUUGAGGAGUGUGGGGGUUCCUGCUAAAGGCUGUAAACGCGAUCUUGUGUAUGCUUUGAAGUGUUUUGUGGACAAGAAGAUGGAUGGUGAAAAUUCUCUGGCGGUAGAAGAACAAGCAUCCUCCAUUUCUGCUGAAAAUAUAUCAGUAAAGACUAAGGUUAAGAAUUUAUCUACUGAAGACAGUGUUGAAGACGUGAACACUGAUUUGGAGGUUCCUGGAUUUCCACAGCAUAAGGGAAGAGUAAAGAAAUCUGCAGCUGAAAGUAAUACUGUUGAGUUCCAGAUUAAAAAGGUCACAACAAAAAAGGGGCUGUCAAUCAGAUCUGAUGAGGUUCCAGGUGGGAAGGUCUCCCGGGCAAAGAGAAAAGUUUCUUCAAACAUUGUUACUGAAGUUGGCAACGCUGAUGAAGGAAUUAAUACCCCCAUCAUACAAACUGAACCAUGGACGGUUCUUGCCCACAAGAAGCCUCAGAAAGGUUGGAUUCCAUAUAAUCCUAGAACCAUGAGGCCUCCACCUAUUACCAGGGAUACCAAUUCUGUGAAACUCAUCUCUUGGAAUGUCAAUGGGUUGAGAGCUUUAUUGAAGUUAGAGGGAUCUUCUGCAUUUCAACUUUCACAAAGGGAAGAUUUUGAUGUGUUAUGCUUGCAAGAGACCAAACUACAGGAGAAGGAUGUUGAAAAUAUCAAACAGUGUCUUAUAGAUGGCUAUGAGAAUAGCUUCUGGACUUGCAGUGUUUCCAAACUUGGUUAUUCUGGAACAGCAAUUAUCUCAAGAAUAAAACCGCUUUCAGUCAGAUAUGGCCUAGGCAUAUCAGAUCAUGAUAGUGAAGGUCGGCUUGUGACGGCAGAGUUUGAUUCAUUUUAUCUAUUGAAUGGAUAUGUCCCUAAUUCUGGAGAUGGCUUGAAAAGACUGUCAUACAGGGUUACACAAUGGGAUCCAGCUCUCAGCAAUUACAUGAAAGAGCUGGAAAAAUCAAAGCCCGUCAUUUUGACUGGUGAUCUGAAUUGUGCUCAUGAAGAGAUAGACAUAUAUAAUCCUGCUGGAAAUAAAAGAAGUGCUGGGUUUACCGAUGAAGAAAGGCAGUCAUUUGGGACAAACUUCUUGUCUAGGGGAUUUGUGGAUACCUUUAGACGGCAACACCCAGGAGUUGUUGGCUAUACUUACUGGGGUUAUCGGCACGGUGGUCGCAAAACUAACAGAGGAUGGCGGCUCGACUACUUCCUUGUCUCAGAAUCCAUGGCCGACAAGGUUUAUGACUCCUAUAUUCUAGCUGAUGUUGGCGGUAGUGAUCAUUGUCCCAUUGGCCUUGUACUUAAGCUUUAGUUUUUCCCCGUGGCAUCAAAACCAAUCUUUUGGGGCAUUUGUGAUGAACCUAAAGCCAUUGGUGGGGUAAUAGUGGGAAAUUUGUACAGCCUCUUUUGCCACUCUGCUAACCUGGCAAAAAUUCCAAUGAGCUAAUUUAUGGUUUUUGACAUUGGUUUAGGUUUUUUGUCAAGAACCAAAUUUUGUUAAGGUACUAGAAGCUUUCUACCGGAGGUGAAUUAUGGAAUAUUUGGGGUUUUGACAAAUAGUUCACUAGGGUUUGGAAGUGAUUAAUCACUCACUAGGGUUAAAAAAAAAAAAAAAAAAAUUGAUCCCUACUGUAGUAGAAGUUGGCAGAAUCCGUUAACUUGACAUGUCAGCACCAAUUAUAUUAUGAUGAGAAAUGUUAUUACACAUUUUGUGGUAUAUCUCUUAUUCAAUUAUUUAUUUAUUUAUUUUUUUCAAA